AUGACAUCCGCAAGAUCGCAAGUACUGACGCUGUACAAAAACCUGCUGCGAGAAGGGAAAAAAUUUCCCGACUACAACUAUAGGAUGUAUGCAUUGAGGAAAACUAGGGAUGAGUUUCAAAACAACAAGAAGAUUACAGACUUAGUACAUAUUCAGGAGCUUAUUAAAGAAGCAGAGGAAAACCUGAGAGUUAUACAAAGGCAGGUGGUGAUUGGCCAAAUGUAUAGCGAGGGGAAACUUGUUAUUGAAUCUCAAAAACUCUCCGGGUCAUCGAAAGAUAGAUGAUGUAAAGAUUAUCUCCCUUAUUCCACUGGACGUUUGAGUCGCCUGUUGAAGGCUUGUUUCUGGAUGUUCUCCUAUUUCUGUGGAAUAUUAAAGACUGCGGUGCAAAGCAUUUGCAAUGUAGCAAAUGCUAAUAUCAAUAAACAACUGUGAAUACUUUGUGAAACAUAAAACUUACAAAGCUGUGGUCCUUUCUUAUCACCAAAUCUCAAACCAAAGUAUGCAUUACUUUUUAUUUACUGUAGUGAUGUGACAGUAGAUUGCAUAAGCUUUAGGUUUAGUUAAAAUAUUGGCGAAAAGGUAAAAGACCUUGUUCAGUAAAGGGAUUUUGAUCUUUAGCAUUACAUAUGGAUCUGAUGGUAGAUUUACUGCAUUCAUCAGUCAUGAAAGAUGGUAUAGAAAGUACUUGGUAUAGUUUUUCUUAUUGCUUUAGUUAAAACAAAUUCAUUUUGUGUGCAAACUGUGUAUGAUUAGUAAACAUUAACAUGGAUGUGAUAACCCAGAAUGUGUAGUCACUGUAUAUUAAAGUUUUCUGUUGUUCCUUUCAUGUGUGUAUGGGGGUGGAUGUGUGCAUGCGAGAGCAAGUCCUUAGCGCACAUGUCUAUGUUAUCAAAAUAAUUUCUUAUGUACAUGCACACUGUAAUAUAAUACUUUGUUAAAACUGUGUGCGCAGACAGCAUUCUGCAAAAUAUCUGAUUGAAAAUUAAAUAGUUAAAUAAAAUGUUCUUCAUUGAAGUAUUAAAUUUCACACAAGUAUUUUUGAAAGCAUUAAAUAUAAUGAUAAUUAAUAUGAUCAACCAGAAUCUAAACAAAUGAUCACACUGUAACAGGGAAAGGUUAAGUUACUGAAGAAGAAUUUUUUCCAUUAACAUGUUUUAUUACUGGAUCAUUGAGAUUCUUACUUAGUCAUUGUAUCUUAUCAUCAUUAGGCUACCAAUUUUUAAGACAAUGGGCAUUGUUAAAAAAAAACUAAAAAAAACAGGCAGUGCUAUGGUGUGUGCCUACUUGUAUGAUCCUCUGUCACAAAAUUUGUAUUGAUCACUUCAUUAAUAACAGUGUUGUGCAAAAUCAGGAAUAAAUCAUCAGGUGCUCAUGUUAAAAUUGUUGCACUUGAUAGCUCAGGUCA